GAGCAGCCUGGUGCUUAUAUUUCUCUCAGUGUCCACCAGUUUUGGUAGACAGAGAGGUAGGCUACUCUUGGUCACUAUGAGGCUCAACGCAGUUGUUCGCCUGCUUACAGUACUCCAUCUCUCUUUGGCGCCCGUCUGCAUAUUAGGCCAAGUGUAUGUGACAGUGGAAACGCAGGAAGGUACACUGAGGGGUCUGAUGACAGAGACGUAUACUAACAUAGCCAUGUACAAGUUUGAAGGCAUUCCGUAUGCAGAGCCACCAAUUGGAGACCUUCGUUUCCAGCCGCCGGUGCCAAAAGCAGCGUGGUCUGGUGUUCGGGACGCCUUGCAGGUGGGAUCCAAGUGCCCACAGUACAGGAAUAACGAGAUGUCCGGUGACGAAGACUGUCUGUACCUCAACGUUUAUGGACCUGGGGAUGCCUUACAAAAUGCAACUCUGAAACCGGUGAUGGUUCGGAUUCACGGUGGAUGCUUUACAGGAGGAUAUGGCCACGGAACUAUACCUAACUACUUCGUGGACAACGAUGUCGUAAUUGUCAGCAUAAAUAAUCGUCUGGGACUACUAGGUUUCCUGAGUACCGGCGAUGAGGUGGUCCCUGGGAACAUGGGUCUUAAGGACCAGACAGAGGCUCUGCGUUGGGUACAGAGGAACAUAGCGGCGUUUGGUGGAGAUCCAGAUAGAGUAACCAUCUUCGGACAAAGUGCUGGAGGGGCAUCUAUUCAUUACCACAUCCUGUCUCCCAUGAGCAAAGGUCUUUACAAGAAUGCUAUAGCAAUGAGUGGGUCAGCACUAAAUCCGUGGGCAUUUUCUAGGAAUGCAACAGACAGAGCAAUACGGUUUGCUCAACAUUUAGGAUACACAGGGAAAACUUCUAACGACCUACUAAAGUUCCUAAAAGAUGUGGACGCAUACACACUCGUGUUGGACGAAAAGACUGCUCUUUCGGAAGAGGAUAGCAAGAGUUUGUUCCAAUGUGUGUGGGUACCAAGUUCCGAGCCGGAACACGAUGGAGCGUUUCUGACCGAACAGCCUUGGAAACUUGUGUCUGAGGGGCGCUACAAUCUGGUACCUUUCAUGGCUGGAGACACGGAUCUGGAGCGUGUUGCACACACACAGCCUGGAGGACAAUUAUCAACAGAAGCAGCAAUAAAGAAUCUCAACGACAACUUCGAUAAAAUCGUCGGGAACGAUCUACGACUUCAGACAAAGGAGGAACAACAGGAAGGUGCUGAAUCAAUCAAAAAAUGGUACUACAACGGCUGCGACAUCACGCUGAAGGACAACUACACCACCGCUCUGUUCGAUUCACAUCUGUGCUUCGUGGAAGGGGUGGACGCCAUUCUGAGGAGCAUGUCCCGCUACUCCUCACAUCCGGUCUACUACUAUGUAUUUUCGUUCGUCGGUCCUCUCAGUGCAUAUCCCGGUGGUCCAGGAGCAGCUCACGCCGACGAUAUACAUUACAUGUUUGCCUCAGCAACGUCUCUGGAUCCUGACACAGAUGGAGGUAUUAUUAGGGCUCAGAUGAUAGAUACGUGGAGCAACUUCGCAAAAUACGACAAUCCAACGCCACAAAAGACUUCCAUUUUGACGGAGACCUGGAAGGAGUACGAUGAAUCCGCUCCUUACUAUCUGGAGAUAACGAGACCUCUUCACCUCGGAACGAACCUAUCUGAACCAUACAUGACCUACUGGAACAAACUACUGCCUUCGUAAACACAUACCAGGUUUAUGUGUUAUGGGAGGCUAAAAAUACAGUACGCGCUGCUGUUAGAUUGUCAUUCUACCAUUCUAAGUUAUUACAUUAAACACCAAUGUGGUAUUAUAGAGUAAAAAGUCACACAUGUAACGAAAGAAUCGUUUCGAUUACAUAAUUGUGUACAUUGUUUCUCUGUGAGCAAACUUGACA